AUGUCUUUCACCUUUGAUAAUGCUUCUCAGCGCGUACUGCCCCGAGUCAUCGAGGCACUUCAGCGCCUGCAGCGAAACCCCGAUCAUCUCGCGCGCGAAAGGGAUCAACCCUACGAUGGAUCCCCGCCGCCGUAUACCGAGUUGCGCGAGACUACUCAGCCUCGAAGUCCUGGUCCUCCUGUUGUUAGAGACAAAGUCCAGGAGCAGUGGCGAUUAAGCGAAAUUCGGAACAAAUCGCUACCGCUCAACCAGUUUCGAAGCCAAGCAAAGCGCGAGGAGGAGAGACUUGACAUUCAGAUGUACGAGGACCAAAGGGGCCGGAGGGGUAUCCUGCCAUUUGACGAAGCCACCGACUACGGAGCCAACGCAGAGAACAAUGUGCGGGCUCGCUGGGUCGAGCAGGGCAUCUGGGGAGAGGAAUGGGGUCCAGCCUGGCCUCGGGGCAUCCGGCCGUUGGGGAAUGGGGGUGCGCCAGCGCCCAGCUACGAUGGGCCAUUCUAUGGCUCCUACAGCCUGGCCAAUUCGGAUUUGCGACCGGGUUGCCGAUGGGGCCAUGAGCAAGGAGACACUCCGUCGCCCUCGCCCUCUCCGCCACCGCCGCCGCCGCCGCCGCCUCAAAAUCCCGAUGCUUUCAUCUUUGUGCCCUGGUCCCGGACCCCAUCCCCUCCACCUUCACCACGUCCUCGCUUUCAAGUCGCCCGAGUUCUACCUGACGACACCGUCAUAAUAAAGAUCCCAAAGCCCACCGUGCGCGACCCCGAAGCGUCCCGCCCCCUACCACAAUUCUUAUAUCAAGUCGACAAAGAGCGUGAGUGGAUAAAAUACGGGACUAAUACGUUUAACACACCGGGCAGGACAGUCAAUCUCGAUUACUUAGCGUACGAAAGCGUCAAGAAAAACUGGAUAAAGGAUGGCAUCUGGAGCCCUAAAUGGGACGGCGAACUCCCUGGCUCAUCGUGGUAUCACGAGGAACCUGAGUCGUGGGGGGCCGUAGAGCCCCAGCACGCUGCCCCUGCCUCGACUGAUCCUGCCCGACGGCCUCCUGAUCUCACCACUGAGGACUCCCAACAACAAGCUCGCAGGCGUCAAGGCUCGAACGACGUGCCCAACGAUGAAGCCGAUGCUCCCCACGCGGAAAGUCCACUUGGCAGACAGGCACGCGAUACACUCGCUCAGCAGGCUGUAGCACAAGAUAGCAGGCCAUCUCGAUCACAUGGGCCUCACCAGUCGCUUCGACACGCCACGACAACAAGACCAGACCACCAAGACGGGACUGGACCCUCCAACACCCAAGCUCGACGAACAAGACCAAAGCGCGGCCGCAGCGACGACACGGCCGAAAGCGAGCAGCCAGUACCGCCGCCGAAGCGGGCCAAGAAGAGCGGCGGGGGCAAGGGUCGCGCAAGUGCACCGAACGAUGGGCCGGUGGAAACAACAAGCGAUCCGCGGGAGAAGCCACCGGCAGGUAGAAAGAUUGGAGUGCAAGGAGCAGGGGCAAUGGGAAGCGAGAGCAAUGGAGUUUCUCAAAAGGGAGGGACCCGUCGCAGCGCGAGGAUUGCAAACCGGCAGGCUCAAGCCGAAGCUGCGGCUGCUGUUGCCAACAUGACACCAACGGCACCGGCAAGCUCAAGGCCAAGAGCCGCAAGGAAAGGCAAAACUACAUCGAGCAAUAAGCAGGUCGUGAUGGUGCCGAAGAAUGGCAAGAAGAGUAGAUCUCGACGUUGA